CGAAAACCUCCAUUUUUUUUUUCAAUCAGUUAUCACUUAUCAGAUUGUAGAGUUAGGGAAGAAUUUUUCGCAGGCAAUCUAGAAGCAAUCGAUCCCCAAAUCUCCGUCUUAUUUGCCAGAAUCUUACGCGGAAAAUCUUCCCCAGAAUUUCAUUUUCUCCAGCUUGACGAAGACGACGAAGAAAUGGCUACUUCGAAGAAAGUGAUCACACGUGAAGAAUGGGAGAAGAAACUAAAUGCUGUAAAGCUUAGGAAAGAAGACAUGAACACUCUGGUGAUGAAUUUUCUUGUGACUGAGGGAUAUGUAGAAGCUGCUGAGAAAUUCCAAAGGGAGUCUGGAACCAAACCAGAGAUAGAUCUUGGCACCAUCACAGAUCGAAUGGCUGUUAAGAAGGCUGUUCAAAACGGAAAUGUCGAGGAUGCUAUUGAAAAAGUGAAUGAUUUGAAUCCUGAGAUACUAGACACAAAUCCAGAGCUGUUUUUUCAUCUUCAGCAGCAAAGGUUGAUAGAACUUAUUCGACAAGGGAAGACAGAAGAAGCCUUGGAGUUUGCUCAGGAGGAACUUGCACCACGUGGCGAAGAAAACCAAGCGUUUCUGCAAGAACUGGAAAAAACUGUAGCCCUACUUAUUUUCGAAGAUGCUGCUAACUGCCCUGUGAAAGACCUUCUUGACAUUUCCCACCGCCUGAAGACAGCAAGUGAAGUAAAUGCAGCUAUUCUUACGAGCCAGAGUCAUGAAAAAGAUCCAAAACUUCCAAGCUUGUUGAAGAUGCUGAUCUGGGCUCAAAAUCAACUGGAUGAGAAGGCAGUGUAUCCACACAUCAAUGAUUUGUCUACUGGCAAGCUCGAAGACCCGUCAGAAUAAUUCCAUACUUCUUUCAGCAAAUCGGAAGAAAAAAAAAGCUGCUAGAGGGAACAAUCAAUGGUGCCUUUUCUCUUCCUUUCAAUCUCAAUAACUCAAAAGAUUCAUAUGUUUUUAGCAAAUGCUUUCCCGCCUUUCCGUUUUCUUCUGCAUCGGGAUCUGUUCGACCCCAGAAUUGUUUUAGGAUUAUGUGGAGGGGAACAUUAAAAGCUGUUGUAGGCAAUGAUUUACUCCUAGUCAAAUGUUCUGAUUGUCAAACAUUUUCCAGUUGACUCAUUGCAUACGUGCAUUUGAUUUGAAUGAAGUUAUCGACCUUGUUUGGAUCUAUAUGGGGUUUGUUUUGAGUAUCUUGUGUUCCAUAUGGUUCCAAUUUGUAAACAAAGAGAGAUUGGCUUGUUCCUCAUAUGUAUAUAUG